AUGAGUUACAAGUACAGACCACUAUCUGCCACUUCUUGUGGUACGUUCCCUAUCCGGUUGCUGCAUCUCAUACCUACCCAUGAUUUGCAAGACAGCGCAUUCUUGAUCUGCCGUCUAGUGGAAACGGAGAUUCCCGAUGCCAAGGUUGAAGAAGGCGGGCCUCGGGAGUCGAAUUCCAGGAGCCCCAAGUACCAGGCUCUCUCGUAUACUUGGGGAUUACCGGUGUUCUCACGCUCAUUACACGUUGUAGACGAUGACAAAAUGGACGAUAGCUAUGCAUAUCCUGAUUUUAGACCCUCUAGUAGCGUUAUUGGCAUCACUGAAAAUCUUUAUGCUGCACUAUGCAGUCUCAGAAAGCCGGACGAGACACUUGUUUUGUGGGUUGACGCUGUUUGUAUCGACCAGCAGAACAUCACGGAACGUAACAACCAGGUUGCUCACUUUCCAAAGACCUAUGCCGGAGCCGAAAACGUACUUGUCUGGCUGGGGCCCGACAACACCUUGAGCCACGGAAGGCUGUGCCUCAAUUUCUUCACUGACCUGGCUGCUCUGAUCCACGAUGAUCCGAAAAGUGAGAGCGACAAUGAUCAUCAAUCCUGGAGGAAAAUGUUCAAGAUAAACCAGGCAGUAUCUUCCUUUCUAGGAAGUGAUGGCUCGCGACCUCGGCCUAUUGCUUCUUUGCUUGAGAGGUCUUGGUUCAAGCGAAGAUGGAUCAUCCAAGAGGUGGUAUUGGCCAAGAACGUAUGGGUGCAUUAUGGGAAGACGAGCAUACACUGGGAUGUCUUCGAGUUGGCCUUGGCUGAACUAUUCGAGAACGAUAAAGGUGGCUUCAGCGACAAACAGCGCACUAUUCUGGGGACAAUGUCGCGGAUUCGGAACGUGGAGGCGAGAGUAAAGAGACAGGCACCGCUCGACACUCUUGUCGAAUUCGACAGCUUCGAAUGCUCUAAUCCUCGAGACCGAUUGUAUGCCUUGUAUGGUGUGAUGCAGCAUUGGUUCCCAGACUCAGCAGGCAUGCAGCUCCUGGUCGACAACAUUAAUUAUGGCCUUCCUCUUCGCGAUGUCUUCACAGACUUUGCUAUUCUCAUGAUGGGGAUGAAGGAUGACUUCUCCCGUGAUACUAACUACAACUCCACAACCCACGUACUGCAGCUUGCUUCAGCUAUGCGACCUGAGCGACGCAAGGUCGCUGUUAGCCGAGACAUUCCAUCGUGGGCACCAGAUUGGACGGGUACAAUGCGCAACAAGCCUCUAUACCACUCCCCAAAGAAUAAGGACGCUUCAUCGGGUAUACCCAAGUGUUCCUUCAAGACAAUGACACUCGAAGACAACAAGCGUGCCCUCGUCACCGUUGGUCUUCUUCACGAUGCUAUCACUGCGGUCAUUCCGCUUGACAUCCAAGCGCUGUUAGGAGCUGUUCACCAGGCUAAAUAUGCGCUGAACAGCUUUCUGUGCUCAAUAGCAACGAGCUUCGAUGAGACGGAUUUCUUCUCUUCCAACCCAGCCGACAUCUAUGCGCCUACCGGACAGCACAUCAUCAGCGCCAUCGCUGUGACAUUGGUUGCGAACUGGGAACAUACUCCUCCAAACACUUAUUUCGCUCAAGACGCGCGGUUUCCUCAUCAGUUCUUGGAGCAGCUGCGUUCUUCGAGGCAUCAUCUUCCCGAAAUACUGCACAAAUGGCCGGCAUAUGUUGAGUUGAUUACCAUCACUAUGCGCGGGCGCAGCCUCAUGCUUACAGAGUCGGGAUACAUUGGUAUAUGCGAUGCUAAUGUUCGAACGGGUGACUUCGUGGGCAUUAUGAGUGAUACACGCGUUCCAUUUAUUUUGAGGCGAACGAACCAUGCUUCAGCGUCUGUGACGAAGAAAACCUGUCCUCUACCAAUUGGAAAUGUACCCCAAGACGGCCAUUUUGAAAUACUUGGAGAUGCGUACGUUCACGCAUUAAUGAAUGGGGAGGCAGCAGAGCUUCUGGGAGAGGAG